CCCGCCGGGCUCAGGCUCGGGGCCGCGGACAGCUCUGCACUCCCAGGUGGCGCCAAGCUGCGAAGCUAGAAAAGGUCUGCAGUUUCCAGAAGAGCGGACCCGCCUUCUUUGGACCGAGGUGGGGCAAGAGGAGCUGACCUGUGCCCUGUCCUGGGGGCCCAGCCUUGGCGAAUGGCAGCGCCCCCACUCGGCCGUCUGGUGCUGACCCACCUGUUGGUAGCCCUCUUCGGCAUGGGCUCCUGGGCUGCCGUGAACGGGAUCUGGGUGGAGCUGCCCGUGGUGGUGAAAGACCUCCCCGAGGGUUGGAGCCUCCCCUCGUACCUCUCUGUGCUGGUGGCGCUGGGGAACCUGGGGCUGCUGGUGGUGACGCUGUGGAGACGACUGUCCCCAGGCAAGGGCGAGCGGGCCCCCAUCCAGGUGGUGCAGGCACUGAGUGUGGCGGGCACUGCCCUGCUGGCCCCCCUGUGGCAGCAGGUGGCCCCCGUGGCCGGGCAGGAUCACUCCGUGGCCUUCCUGACGCUGGCCUUGGUGCUGGCGCUGGCCUGCUGUGCCUCUAACGUCACUUUCCUGCCCUUCCUGAGCCACCUGCCGCCUCCCUUUCUGCGGUCCUUCUUCCUGGGUCAGGGCCUGAGUGCCCUGCUGCCCUGCGUGCUGGCCCUCGCGCAGGGGGUGGGCCGCCUCCAGUGCCCACCAGCCCCCACCAACGGCACCCCGGGGCCUCCCCACUACUUCCCGGAGCGUUUUUCCGCCAGCACGUUCUUCUGGACGCUGGCUGCCCUUCUGGUCAUUUCGGCUGCCGCCUUCCAGGGUCUUCUGCUGCUGCUGCCGUUACCACCGUCCGUGCCCACAGAAGGCCUGGGGCCUGGCUGUCGGGUGGGAGCCCCAGGAGUGGAGGAGGAGGCGGAGGGAGAGGCCUCACCACUGCAGGAGCCACCUUUCCAGGUGGCAGGCACCACGCCCGGCCGAGACCCUGAGGCCCAACGACUGCUCUCUGCCCGCAGUGCCUGCCUGCUGGGCCUGCUGGCCGUCACCAAUGCACUGACCAAUGGCGUGCUGCCAGCUGUGCAGAGCUUCUCCUGUUUGCCCUAUGGGCGCCUGGCCUACCACCUGGCCGCGGUGCUGGGCAGUGCCGCCAACCCCCUCGCCUGCUUCCUGGCCAUGGGCGUGCUGUGCAGGUCUCUGGCCGGGCUGGGCGGUUUCUCUCUGCUGGGCCUGCUCUUUGGGGGCUACCUGAUGGCGCUGGCCAUCCUGAGCCCCUGCCCACCCCUCGUGGGCACGACUGCAGGGACGGUCCUUGUGGUGCUGUCGUGGGUGCUGUGUCUGGGGCUGUUCUCCUAUGUGAAGGUGGCUGCCAGCUCCCUGCUGCAUGGGGGCGGGCGGCCAGCAUUGCUGGCAGUUGGUGUGGCCAUCCAGGUGGGCUCCCUGCUUGGUGCUGUCGCCAUGUUCCCUCCGACCAGCAUCUACCACGUGUUCCGCAGCGGGAAGGACUGUGUGGACCUGUGUGGACCCUGAAGCUGGGCAGGUGGGGCUCUCACUCCAUCCCACCUGUGGUCAGGCUGGGGCUGCUACUGUGCCUGAUGCCCACGGUCCAGGGAGGCCCUCCCCACGCCGGGCAUGAACAUGGACACCUGCACACUCCACAGGAGAGCCUGGCACCUCAGGCCAGGCUGGGGACCACAGAGCAGGCCCAAGUCAGGUCCCGACUGGCGCUGUGGACGGGGCUUGGGCCUGGGCCCUGUGUGGGGUUUGCACAGUAAAGCAUUUUUUUUUCUGAGUCA